UGGUGUUUAACCAACAAGUUGAUUGUUCCCCUUCUACUGAAAAUUCAUCGGGACAAGAUAACAGUAGCUUUACUACGGCAUCUCCGAGUAUGACAGAUUCUAAAAUCUCACAGAAAACAACUGUUGACCCAUCUGACGAAUCCAAAACACAAAAUAUUGACCUUAAAACAACGACACAACCGUAUUCAAGUGUGACAGAUUCUAAAAUAUCGCAGAAAACAACUAUGGGCCCAUGUGACGAAUCCAAAACACAAAAUAUUGAUUUUAAAACAACGGAACAACCGUAUUCAACGUCUGACGGAAAAAAUGCUGAUGCGGAUCGUAGUGUUGUGAAUACAAAUAACGCGAGCUCAAGUGAGAAUAGUACUGGCGAAGAUAAGAAAGGCAUUGAUUCUACUAUAUAUCCUACACCGGAAAGACCACAUUAUACACGCAGUACCGAAUCAACUCCUACAUCAUCAACCGAGUCGACAGCUGAAGAGUUCAAGAGAAAUGAUUGCGCAGUUCAAGAAGAGCCAAAUUUACUAACAAUGUUGCUCAAUGUCACAGUGGAAUACUGCUCUGGAAAUUUGUGCCACGCUUUGAAUGAACCGGAAGCAAACUGUCAAUGUGACGAGGUCUGCUAUUUCUACAGAGACUGUUGUUAUUCUAUGAUAGAAAAACUGACACAGUCUAAAGAAACAGGAAGUGACGAAAUAGCUGUUCUGAUACACCAAAAGGUCCAGGAAGUGGAAAACAGGACACUAAUGCUAAGAAAAGACCUAACUGCAUGCGUUGAAAAUGAAUAUAAUGUGUCUGGUUUUAUAAUGGUCUGUAAAUGUGACGUCAUGUCUGCUGCAUCAGAUGAUGUCAUUGAAAAAUGUGAGACGUCUGUGGAUAUGUAUAGCGUUCACAAUAUACCCGUGAACCAUGUUGUGAAUGAUGAAGUCGAAGGGACAUUUAAGAACGUUUAUUGUGCUCUGUGUAAUGGCGUGCCCGAAAACGAAACUGUCUUUUGGGAAGUCGAUAUAACAUGUGCGGCAGAAAACGUUGAAGCUAUUUCACAAAUGGCUAUAGAAGAAAUCGAAAAGUUAAACGAGUGUACAAUGGAACUUAAAUCAAGGUUCAAAGGCGAUUUAAGAAAGUGUUAUAUAGGAGAAAAUUACAUAGACACGUGCGAUAAACUUCAUAACAAUGAAGUGGUAAGUCUUUGUGAAACAUAUGUUUAUCCAGGGACUGAUGGGGAAACAAACAAGUGGCCGAUUUAUAAAAAUCCUCACUGUGCCUCGUGCCAUGAUGAAACUGUGGACGUCGGUAAUUUUCAUUGUGUUAAUUUGUAUCUAAGCGAUCAAAGAAACAAACCCGGCUUUAUUGAGAGGCCUGUUAACUUACAAGUUGUGUUUGAUUUUUCUCCUGGCAAUGGUCUCGUUUCGAAAGUGAAAUGUGUCGAUCUUGUAAACUGUAAGUUUUAUGAAAUAUACGAUUGCGCUUCGAAACGGUGUCGGCAACUUUACUGUCAGCGAGGGGAAGCGCCUUACGAAGGUAAAUGUGUCGUAAUUCCUGGCGUCACAUCCGGUGGCACAGGGAGCCUAGAUGUAGUCACAUUCAAACCAAAUGACAAAUCUUAUGAUGUAAUGAAAGUGAGUGAAUCUUACAUUUUGGAAAUAUCGUUAGGAAAAGAGGCCAGUUUAGUUCUCUACGCUAUGGGUGAAACUGGUGAAAAUAUCUUGAAAACCAUACAAGACACAAUUCAAUCUAUUUAUCAAAAGGAGUUGGAAAUAAGCCAAAUGCAAGAAUGUCCAUGUCUGAAAAUUACAAAUAUGACGGAGAAAUAUGAUUUAUCAAUAGAAAUUUUUCAAAGAUUGAUUUUAUAUUUUGAACGAAUAGAAGCAAACAAAAAACGUGGGUACUCACUUAUUCCAUCGUAUGUAAAAAUCAGAAAUUUCCAUUCAUUAGAGAGCCUAGAAUGUUCAAAUGGGAAAUUAAUCAUCGACAGCAACCCAACUCUUGUAACAGCAAAUUCGAGUGUUUCGUCGACAACUAUUUCAAACAUGUCGUUUUUCCUUCCUGCUUACGGAAUUGCAGUAUAUGAAGAAAAUACGUUGUGGGAAAUUGGAUAUAAUAACAGUUAUGGAGUCGUUCCAAAGGUGGUUGCGACUUGCGACAACAGACCUGACCUGAAUUGCUCGAUGGUAGCUUACGAGAUCAACGAAGUGAAAAUUUCAAAUACUUCAGUAGAAGUAAUUAAUACGAGUUUAAUAUUUCACGAGGAUGAAUUUGCAAUAUUUCAAAACAAGGUUUUCAUUUGUGCUGACAGAGUUACAGAAACCGAAAGUUUUGUGAAUAUUUUCAUGUUUUCUGCGUAUCACAAGGUGUUAUCUGUAGUGACGUCAGCAAUAUCUGCGUUCUCCGCCGCCAUUGUGGUUGCUGCUCACUGUUGCUUGAAACGCUUGAGAAAUAUCCACGGUCUAAACUUGUCAGCCCUUUCUGUAUCGACCGCAUUGGUGCAUCUUCUACUAAUAUCUGCAGAAUUUAUCACAAGUGGAACAAUUUGUAUAGUAUACGCUGCUGUUCUCCAUUUUAUUAUCCUAAAUGUCUUCGUCUGGAUGAACGUCAUCGGUUUCGACAUGACCUGCAGUCUCACUAGUGACAAACUUGUUUCCCAGUCAUCUCCUCACAAAAAAUUCCUCGGGUACCUUUUGCUAUCCCUCGCUAUUCCGACUUUGAUCAUCACAGUUGCAGUAUCGCUGGACUUCACAGAUUCGGGAUUCAAACCCAACUAUGGGUUCAACCAUGUAUGUUGGUUGUCAAACGGCAAGAGCAUCCUUAUGUUUGUAAUCGCUCCCGUUGUCAUUUCGCUUUUGUUGAACUUCGUUCUUUUUACUUUUACUAUCAAAGCAAUCUAUUCCAAAGCUAAGGAAUCCAAAUUCGCUCGGAAUAGAUCGUACUUUGUCGUCUAUCUGAAACUGAGUCUUAUUCUUGGCUUGACAUGGGUAGUAGGUAUCGUAAGCGCCUUGGCGGAGCAAGAAUGGUUGUGGGUCGUACAUAUUGUUUUGAAUGGGCUGCAAGGUCUAAGUCUAUUGGUCUGCUCUCUUGUAAAUGUAAGAAUAUUGCGGCAGUUACGUAACUCUAUGAAAUCGUCCAAUGAAAACAGUUAUUCUAAGUCAGGUGUAACAGACAACAGCAAUAUAUAGACCCCAUAUACGAGUAUGGUAAUAAAUACUUAAACUCCAGUCACAACUUUUCGGCUCUUUCCCGCCAAAAGUCGGAUAGCGAUUAUCAAUCGGAAUACCUCGACUAUUAUUCAUAACUUAUCCGAAGUGUGACGGAAAUGGCCUAGAAGAUGCGAUUGAGGGAUUGGAGAUGUUCCGAAUGAAUAAAAUCGGGAAGAUUCUGCAUACUUUUCGGGCCU